GACAGUGGUUAAAUUGGUACGUCCCUGGGCUCACAGAGUAGAGGAGAGUAUAUCGCGAACGAACUCUUUGGGAGGAGAUAGUGGUUAUUUUUCCCCCCUCGAACAACAACAACUUCAUUCAGAUAUUGCACACAGGGUCGUCAAACUACAGCGAUCGAAACUUGGGGGGGACCAAAGGAUUUGAUCUGCAAGUUUUUUUUUUCUUGAGCCUUUUUAUUUUUUAAACAUUAUUUUCGUAAGAAAGGAUUCUGUUGGAGGCUCGCUCGCACUCUCAACGCAAAUAUGAUGGUCGGGGAGAUCGAAGUGAAGGAGAGGCCGAGGCCGAGUCCCGACUAUUUGAUGCAAUUGUUGAACGAAAAGAAGUUGAUGACCAGCUUGCCAAAUCUGUGCGGCAUCUUUACACACCUUGAGAGGCUUCUCGAUGAAGAGAUCAACAGAGUGAGGAAAGAAAUGUACAGUGACACCGCGAAUGGCCUGGUAGAGAAACACCCUCUGGAUUUACCUGAGGCCCUGGGACCGAUCAUUCACCUGCAGGAGAAGCUCUUUGUGCCUGUAAAAGACUUCCCUGACUACAACUUUGUGGGCAGAAUCCUGGGGCCUCGCGGACUCACCGCCAAACAACUGGAAGCAGAAACUGGAUGCAAAAUCAUGGUGCGAGGAAAGAGCUCCAUGAGAGACAGAAAGAAGGAGGAACAGAACAGAGGCAAGCCCAACUGGGAGCAUCUAAACGAGGAGCUUCACGUCCUGAUCACGGUGGAGGACACACAGACUCGCUCCGAGAUCAAGAUGAAGAGAGCCUUGGAGGAGGUCAAGAAGCUUCUGGUGCCCGCGGCGGAAGGAGAGGAUAAUCUGAAGAAGAUGCAGCUGAUGGAGCUGGCCAUUCUCAACGGGACGUACCGUGACACCAACAUCAAGACACACCCCCUUGCGUUCUCUCUUGCAGCGGCGGCAGCCGCCGCUCAGGGCCCCCGCCUAAUACAGGCACCCCAGGGGCAUAUGAUGGCCCCCCAUCAGCAAAUGAGGCCCCCCACACCGGGAGGCACCCCCAUCAUGAACAUCAUCCGACAACCCCAAAUGCAGGGCAUGUUGCACAAUGGCACCCCCACCCUGGUGCCUCCCUCACCGGAUGGCGGCAUCAUCUACGCCUCCCCGUACGACUACCCGUACGCCCUGGCACCCACCUCCCUGCUGGAGUACCCUAUCGAUCACAGUGGGGUUCUAGGUAAGCGACCCUGGGGCCUGGGCGGCGGCCCCUUUAGCCCCGGACAGGAAGGCAGCUUGUUUUACCCUGGGUUUUUGGACGCGGCUUCGAUGAGCCACAGUCAGGACUUAAAAGGUGCAAUGGCUACUAAAGUGAGACGGCAUGACUCGCGGGUCCGUCCUUACCAAAGGAUUGUGACCGCAGACAGAGCCGCCACCGGCAACUAACACAUGACCUUCUGACCUCUGAACUCUUCACCCAAUGACGAGCCGCCCCAAGCCUGCCUGCUGAUCAGUUAACUGGUAAUUGCCUUUUGCUAGCUUCUCGGAUGCAGUGAGAGGGGCUCCUGUCCGUACAGUUACCCUAACAUGUUUUUGAUAAAAACCAUUUGGUUUUUAACACAAUAUCUAUCAUACAAACCCAACAGUUGGUUUUUAUUUCUUUCUGUUCAUUGAGUUGAAUUCCCAUUUAUUUUUCUUCAUGAAUCACAAACUGGGUGGAUGUGUAUGUAUUGUUACUAAUGAAUCUGCACUGAAUUUAUAUAGCAAUAAAGAUCCCACCCUCCGUGUCCACAACCCCACCCAUACCUGCUCUGAUUCGGUGAUCUCACUACUAUUCACUAAACGACGCUAAAUGGGAACUGAACCCAGGCUGUCUCUCCAAAACAUGGCCUCAUUCUCCAUCCAACAUGCAAUGCCAAGUCCCUUAUUUCCUUAACCCCACCCACCCAUUCCACACCUACUUGCUGGCAAUGAAAGAAAUGAAAGGAAAGAGAAGCUACACUCCAACUUGUUCACGUAGUCCUGUAUUUUGAAACUGAGACUUAAUGGUAUGCUGACACAUUCUGGGUGUGCCCUGAACAGCUGUCUGUUAAAAGCAUGCCUACAUUGAUUGCGAAUUGAGCUUAUUAUAAUUUUGUUUAUUUGGUUUUUACCUGAUUUUGUUUUCUCGUUAAUACACUUAUUAGCUCUGAAGAACUAGCCAGACGAAGCAGGUUGUAAGAACUCAAAAUGCCGCUUUUGUGGUGGCAGGCCUAUCAUGGGCAGUUAGCGGAAGCUAGGAGUGGUGCUGGGGAGGAAUUGGGAUGAGGAGAGCUUUUUUAUUACUAUAAUGAAAGUAGGAUGUGUUGAGGGUUAGGGCACAGUGGAGCAAUGGAUAUAUAGUUGACUAGCUACUGACCUUAACUAUGCUCCUCUACACUUCCAAGUGUAUGUACAGUGCCUGAUGCAUUUGGAGAAUCCCAUCGAAUUAUACGAGCUGUGAUCUAAAAGACAAAAAAAAGUAUUAAGUGUGUUUUGUGUAAUUAGCCAAAGGGGUUCCAGUUGAAUUAUAUCUAUAUAAAUAUGUAUCUAACUGCAGAGAGCGUGCUGUAAUUUUAGAGCUUGAAAGGAUGUGAUUUCGUGCAUGUUUAAGUGCGAGUUGACAGCCAAUCAAAAAAGAUCAAGGUUGUUUAUCACACAAAGCUCUAGUUCCCCAUGAAGAGAAAAAGCCGAUUGACACUAAAGAGGGCUUCUGGUGGUGGGGGGGGGUCCUUUAUAGUGAAGUUUUGUAAAUAUACAUUUUGUUUUCGAUUUUUCUUUGUUUGAUUUUGCCUUUUUAUUUUUGGUUAUAUUUACACCCCUGCCAAAAACCCAUUUUCAUAUUGUGUAUCAGCAUUUGGCCAAUUCUCUUUGCUAGAAUAUUUUGUAGUUUUCUUUAAUCUCUUUCAAAUUUGAUACCAAUCAAUUCUUUAUGGGGUCAUGAUACUUGCUCUCAUGCAAAUAAGAAUCUAUUUGAUUUGGGGAGGGGGGGGGGUGUAUUUAUUGCUAACUCUCACCAUACCAUUUUGAAGUCCCCCAAUUAGCACAUCCACAAUGUGUCUCCAUAAAGGUAUGGUCCAGAUCCUUAGCCCAUGACAGUUUCUCAUUCUUUCUCAAGAGAAGAAAAAAAUAGGAUGUGAAAGCCAUGCCUGCCUGUUCAGAUUGCUUUAUUUACAUACCUGUUAUAUAUGUAGAUACCUGUCAUUGCAUAUUAAAGAUAGAGAACACAAUUGGAUACUUUUACAGGGUGCUGGAGAAGAGAAAUAUAUUUUUGGCGAUUUUAGCUUUUUAUACUUCACUUGCAGUUACAAAAUAUAAAAAAUGCAACAAAAAAUAGUGUAGAGAAAAAAGAUGGUGAUGAAGAUGCUGUUACUUUGGAUAUUAUUGGCUAGGAAAAUAAAGACCAAAAUAGUCAUACCUACAAACGUUGCAAGGAUGUAAGGGUUACGAAGCGAGGGAGAGACAUUCAGAGAAGAUAGAAAAAGUGCCUUAUCGACGGUCGUUUCUUUUUCCGAGUGUUAACAUUCUGUUCGAUAAUAUCCAGCACCAACGAGGAAUGCGCAGAGAGGAACGGCUUCUGUGAUGAGCUCUUAAGUGUUGCGCAGGGUAGCUCCUGUCAUUAUUGCUGAGCUACUGAAGUUAUUCUAUGCAAAAAGAAUAGCAGUCGUAUGACCAGCUAAAAUAUGUGCCAUGGUUCGUCUUCCCAAGUAUAAGUUAAGGUUUUUGUUUUAUGAUUAUUUUAUACCCUCUGCCAUCCGAACAAGUUGUAUUUCUUAUUUCUCUUCGUUUUGAAUUAGGUUAUCGCUAUUGUUGCAUUGAUUUCUGGUUACUGUGAUUAUUCUACCAAGAACAAACUGCCAAUAGCAAUGCAGAAGUCUGCCAGGUCAUCUUAUUAAUGCGAAAUAAAUGAGGGACAUAUAAAAUGAGUGAGUAACAGGAGAAGAGGCAUUUGCGUGUAUACCAAUUUGUUUAAAAAAACAUUUAAAAAACAUGCUAAUGCUUUCCCACUACAGUUCUGAAAUGAAGCCAAGUCAUGACUUCAAGCCCCAAGAUGCUUUUUCCAGAUAGUAGAGCUGGGUGAAGUUUAUUUUUUACUAGGUCUUAGUCAAAUGUUCCCGCCACAAUGUGCGUCCGUGCCAAUUCUGGAAGUGAUCAACGUGCAGAAUACAGACUAGAAAAGGGGCCUUACCUCUUUAUGGCUAACACAUUUGACUUCGCAACUAAGCAGUUUUCAGUUACUCAAACUAAACGGGGUAUAUCUAAUUACAAAGAAAAUAAAGUAUAUAAAAUCGAGACAUUAUGGAUUAUUAAAUAUUUCACCUUCCCUGGCAGUCUGACACUUUAUUUUUCUCAUACAUGCUGUCACACAGAACAUGUUAAUGCAUUUGUUUUCAGUGUUAUGAAUUCUUCUAUAAAAAAAAAUGCAAUAUUAAAGUGGAGCAAGAGAUGACAAUUCAGCAUUUUGACAGUAUUAAGACAUAUUCCCUCUGCAAUGUUACGCUGUGUCAUCGUGUAAGGUUGGUUUAGUCCAUGUGUAUGGUGAACUGUACCGUAUUCACUCUGGCCUGCCUACUACAUGUAUGAUAAUGUAAUUUACAGCCAUUGUUACAGGUUUAUAAUGUAUUUUUCUAAUCUCAUUUUAUAUGUAUAUUAUACAAUCUUUUUUCUGACUUUUUCUUUUGAUGCCCACUGCAACUUGUUUUUUACCCCCCCCAUCUUGAAAUCUGUCUCUAGUGGGGAGUGUUGACUUUACUAGAGUUAAAUUUGGUUUUCUUGCCAAAUCCUAGCUUGUUUAACUCAUUAGCGACUUUAUUUGUUUUUCUUGUCAUAAGUAUUUUUACAUGCUUGCAUUUAGUUUUGAUGGUGUAUGCUGUUAUUUUUCUUAUUAACCCCUUGGCAUUUAUUUUAAUAAAACAUUCUUAGUAAGAAUUUUA